UAUGAAGACCUCAAAGAAGCCUCACGCCGCAAUACUCGCCAGCCCCGGCUUGGGCCACCUAAUCCCGGUCCUCGAGCUCGCAAAACGACUCGUCGUUCACCACAACUUUGCCGUCACCAUCUUCGCCAUUUCUUCCCACUCAUCCCCGGUGGAGGCCCAACUCCUCGACUAAGCCAUGAGCCCGAAACUCUUCGACGGCGUCCAGCUCCCGCCGCCGGACAUAUCGGGCCAGGUGGGUCCGGACUCCGCCGUCGUCACGUGCCUCGCAGUCAUUAUGCGCACGUGCCGGCCAUCCCUCCGAUCCACCAUUUCAUCCAUGAAGAACCGUCCGAGUCUUCUCAUCGUUGACCUUUUCGGGACCGAAUCUCUGUCCAUUGCGGACGAGCUCGACAUUCCCAAGUACGUUUACAUCGCUUCAAACGCGUGGUUUCUUGCGUUGACUAUUUACUUGCCUGUGCUUGAUCAAGAAGUCAAAGGGCAGUUCGUUGACCAAAAAGAGCGGCUAAGAAUUCCUGAGUGUAGUUCGUUGAGGCCACAAGACGUGGUUGAUCCGAUGUUGGAUAGAAACGAUCAACAAUAUCGGGAAUAUUUGCGUACAGGGAUUGAGAUCCCGAAAAGCGACGGCGUUUUG